AUGUCCAAGCUCUUUGGAAAGCUCGAGGAGGGUAUCGUUCAUGCGCGCGCCAUGGCCAUCGGCAUAAUCAACCCGGAUCGUCGCCACGAUGACCCGGAGGAGAAGCGCGCCGACAUGGUCCGCGCAGAGAUCAUGUCUGGCCACCGCUUCCACUCGUUCGCCAACCAGCGCGGCCAGAACUUUGUCAAGUGGCAUGUCGAUGGGCACGACUACAUGUGGGCGGUUUCGGAGAUGUUGGACAGGGCGAAGGAGGCCAUAUUCAUCCUGGACUGGUGGCUCACGCCCGAGCUCUACCUCCGUCGCCCGCCCGCCAAGUACCCCGAAUGGCGUCUGGACCGAAUCCUGAAGCGCAAGGCGGAGCAAGGCGUGAAGAUCUAUGUUGUCGUCUACAAGGAAGUCACGCAAACCAUGACGAUGAGUUCCCACCACACCAAAGAGACUCUCGACGCGCUUCACCCCAACAUCGCCUGUAUGCGCCACCCCGACCAUAUCGGAAGCAAGGACGACGUCGAGUUCUGGUCCCACCACGAGAAGGUGGUUGUAGUCGACAACCGCUACGCCUGCAUUGGCGGCCUUGAUCUCUGCUUUGGUCGAUGGGACACCCAUACCCACCCCCUCGCCGAUGUCCACCCCACGGAUCCGUUCGCGACGCUCUUCCCCGGGCAGGACUACAACAACGCACGUAUCAUGGAUUUCCAGAACGUUCCGAACUACAUCAGCAAUGGUCUCAGCUCGGUCGAGUUCGGUCGUAUGCCGUGGCACGACGUGCAUAUGACCCUGACUGGUGAGGUUGUGCUGGACAUCGUCCAGCACUUCACGGAGCGCUGGAACGAGAUCAAGAAGCGGAAGUACCGAAACGACGAACGUUUUGACUGGCUCGCGCUCCCGCACGACGUCUCUGCCGCGCCUAACGAAGCCGUUGCCCGGCACCCUCACCGCGACCGCUGGCAUGAGAUGGGGCGCCACUUCCAGGACCGCUUCCACUUGCAUCUCCAUGGGCAGUCAGACGACACGCCCCAGGAGUACGAUACGCCUGACCACCGUCCACACCGUGGUAACUGUCGGGUCCAGGCUGUUCGCAGCGUGUCGGACUGGAGCCACGGUGUGCUCACUGAGUGCAGCAUCCAGAAUGCAUACAUCGAUCUCAUCUGCGAGGCGGAGCAUUUCAUCUACAUUGAGAACCAGUUCUUCAUUUCCAACACUCAAGAAGACGGCCCUGUCAAGAACACGAUUGCGCGUGCGAUCGUUGACCGUAUCGUCCGCGCGGGCAAGGAGGGCAAGAAGUUCAUGAUAGUCGUGGUCAUUCCUGAGGUUCCCGGCUUCGCUGGCCAGAUCAAGGACGAGUCAGCCGUCAAGACAAUCAUGGCUGGACAGUAUCGCACCAUGAACCGCGGCGGUCACAGUAUCUACGAGGAGGUCCGCAGGGCCGGUUACGAGCCAUCCGACUUCAUCCGUUUCUACCACCUCCGUGCAUACGACCGCAUCAACGCGCCAUACGACUCUUUCAUGAAACAGAUUGAGGAGCGUAGUGGGGUCACCUUCCACCAGGUCAACGUUGCGCUCGGGAAGCUCUGGGUCGGCCACGGGCAGAACGUCGAAGACCCCAAAGAGGCUUCCGUUGCCGUCCCCACGGGCAAGAUCCUCGCCGAGCAGUCGACUUCCGGAAAGAAGCCCGAGCUCAAGACGGAGACAUUCCCUCUCCCCGCGUCGAUCGACGAGGCUCGGGAGACCAUCGACAAGUGGCGGAGGGCCGCGCGCGAGCUUCGCAGCGACGACCGCGUCUCCGACAACGUCGUGCAGCACAUGCUUGAGGAUCGGACGGACCUCCAGCAAGAGCUGUGGCUAGGCACCGAGGAGGAGGAGCGCAACGCGUACGUGUCGGAGUUGCUAUACAUCCACUCGAAGGUUAUGAUCGUCGACGAUCGUCGUGUUAUCAUGGGCUCUGCGAACCUGAACGACCGUAGCCAGAAGGGCGAUGGUGAUUCUGAGAUCGCGCUUAUCGUCGAGGAUGACGACACCAUCGAGACGACUAUGAACGGGGAGCCGUACACUGCUGCUCGUUUCGCCGCCACUCUCCGUCGCAAACUUUACAGGGAGCACCUCGGCCUCAUCCACCCGCAAUUGUGCACCACCCAUUCGGAGCCCGACAGCUUCAUGCGCGCCGCGCCCCACCCGAACCCCGACGAGACGCAGCUCGACGAAGACCGCCAGGUCGCUGACCCACUCGCGGAGGACACGGUCAACCUGUGGAACAACACCGCACGCCAGAACCGCGAGAUCUUCACCGAGAUCUUCCGCCCGGUCCCGACGAACCUCAUCCGGAAGUGGAAGGAUUACGACAACUACGUGCCGAACGUCAUGACUGGCCACGUCGUCCCCGAGGUGCCGCUGCAGCGCAUCAAGGACCGGCUGGCCGCGGUCCGCGGUGCCCUCGUCGAGGCGCCUAUGGACUUCCUCAUCGACGAAGACGACUUCGUCACCGGUCCCGAGUGGAAGGGUCUCAACCCCACGCUGCCCAUCUACAUCUAA